CAGUAUCUUGCGCCCGUUGAGCGCCCAGCGUCAGCGCUACGUGCGAUGUCAGAGAAAGAAAUGGCUGAAUCUUCUGCUCAGGGCGGACUCGGAUUCCAAUUUCCCCUUGAGUUAAUAGAGGCCAUUGUCGAAAACAACAGGGGAGACAAGGUCUCUCUACUCGCGUCUUCAUGUGUAUUGAAAUCAUGGUGCGCGGCGUCACAACGAUACCUUUUCACCGCCAAUUUCUCGUCCGACGAUGAUUUCACGCGUUGGCGUGAAAUCGGAUCCCAUCUACCCCAAGUACCUAUUUUCGUCAAGGAGGUCGUGUUCGCACCUGGACGCCGCUCUGAGAUGGAGACGCCUUUUCACCAAUACUGUCAUCUCCAUCCUCAUCUCGUUCCCUACUAUCUACUCUUGCGCGGACAAUGUCUACGCCUGCAGAGGUAGAGGCUUAUCGUCGACGUCUACCUGGCCCCAUGUCCAUUAUCAAGACCGUCGUACAGGCUCACUGUGUCCGAGGGCUUUGGUUGGGCUACACUGGGACUUUACUCUGCAAAACAGGUAGCACUGCGUCAUGGUUCGUCCUCACAGAAUGGCUUGCGUCCGAGUUAAAGACGCGAAGACUGGGUGAGGAUAUCUCUGGUGAACUUCUGCCGUGGGAGUCAGCCGUCUCUAGGGCCAUCUCAGGCGCGGCAUGCGUACUGGCGCUAUAUCCUGCCGAUACCGUGAAAAAUGCGAUGCAGACAGAGGAGGAGUUGCGUUCGCAGGUUGGGAAAAAGAUUACAGAGGAGGCGACCUCUUUUUAUCGGACAGCUACGAGGAUGUACUCUACACACGGAAUUCGAGGGUUGCAUGACUGUCGUGAGAGCGGUGCCCAGUAGUAGGAUCGUCUUUCUGGUAUAUGAUGGGCUGAACUCCUGGUUCAGUAGACUAUAAGGCAGUAUUUACUUAAAACAUACACAGCUAAUCGAGACGUACUCAUUUGUCUCCAUUUUUAUUGUAUUUGCAUAAAAGGUAGUCAUCCAGUGUAGCUCCUGUGGCAAAACCUACAAUGCUCCCUAUAAGCU